AUGUUGGCAAGAGCAUCUCUCCACUCAAAUGGCGCGGAUAUGCAUACUGCUGAGUAUGCGGAGUAUAAGAAGGAAGAAAUCACAGCCCAUCACGCCCGUGAUUUGGUACAUAUAAAUGCAGGAGGUACAAGAUUUACAACUCUUUACGACACACUGGCACAAUCCAAAUCCUCGUAUUUCUUGAAUUUUAUCCGGAUUGAUCGAACAACUGGAAAAGUUGUCUUGCUUCAGCAGAGGACUAUUCGUGAUGAGUCAGGAGCCAUAUUUGUCAACCGUGAUGGACGCCUAUUUGCAUUUGUUCUGCAAUUUAUGAGAGACGGCAAGAACACUGUCCUGCCUAAAGACAAAGACUUGUUGGCACAGCUUAGGAGAGAAGCGGAUUUCUUUGGCAUGGAGGUAUUCAAGUACCUCAUUCAAGAGACACUCGUCGAUUUGGAAAAAGAACAGCGUGCCAGUACCAUUGAUAUUGCCGACAUUCGUAAUUCAGUCAACCAAAUUGCAAACAACACGUAUUACACUGGAGGACGUAAUUGA